AUGGAGGAAUAUACUGCAACGACAAUUUUACACAAGAGGGUUGAGGCUACAAACAAGGUGUGGCAAACGUGGCAGCAUAAGGAGGAAAUUCUUAGAGAAAAAUCAAAAGCAAUAUGGAUUCGAGAGGGUGACUCCAACUCGAAAUACUUUCAUGCAAUAAUGAAAAGGAACUUCAGGCGCAAUGCAAUUAUGGUGCUUGGUACUUAUAGGGGUUUUCUCAGUCAUGUUGAUGAGGUUGAAUGUGAAAUCUUCAACCAUUUUCAGCAAAAACUCUUUGAGCCUGAGUCGAAUAGGCAGAAAUUACUUGGAGUGAAUUUUAGGUUUUAUAAGAAGUGUUGGGAGGUCAUUAAGGACGAUUUACUCGACUUUGUCAUGAAAUUUCAUUGGAAUGCCAUUCUGCCCAAAGCGGUUACUGCAUCAUCCAUUUCCCUUAUUCAAAAACCGAAUAACCCUGAAGGCUUGAACAACCAUCAUCUUAUUUGUCAAAUUGGUAGUGUCUACAGAAUUUUAGCAAAAUUGCUGACGGAUAAGCUGAAAAAGGUGAUAAGUGGUUGGGUUUCGUCUAGUCAAUUGGAGUUCAUUCAGGGCAGGAAAAUGUUAGAUGGGGUGUUGGUAAUUAAUGAACAAGUGGAUUUGGCCAAGAGGAAGAAGAAUGAUUCUUUUCUCUUUAAAUUUGAUUUCGAAAAAGCUUAUAAUUGUGUGGCAUGA